GUUGUGACUUCCAUCGCUACAGUCAGCUCGUGGCUGUUCUCCACAGCUGACUGAUAAUUUACCCUGAGAGAAAACCAGUUUCAGUUCCUGCUUCAAACCAGAAUGGGUGUGUUUGACAAUUGCUCAGUGCUCCUGGAGCUAAAAAAUGUGCCACUUAAGGAGAAGAAUAAGCUGAAAUCAGCAGUGACGAAGAACGGAGGCAGCAUUUGCUUUAUCGUCAACAAAAAGUGCUCUCUGGUGGUGACCAACGAGUUGUCCAACCUGAGCUCCAACAGGCAACGCAGUAUCCAGAAGCACCAGACGCCGGUGGUCGGUUUGGAUUAUGUGUACAACUGUGUGGAGAGAGGAGUUCGCCUGUCUGUGGACGGGUACAAGAUGAAUACUUCAUCUACUUCAUCAUCUUCAGCUCCUCCUCAAGUGACCUCAUCGAAGAGCGCUCCAGUUAUUCAUAAAGUCGAACUUCCCAAAGGUCCAGGCUCAUCAGUGCAAACCGCUGUAGAAAGAAAUGCCCAGAAGUUCAGAAUUUACCAUGAACGGGACUCUGAUCUCCCGCCGUUCCCAGAUGAUUUCCAGGUUGCAAAGUACUCCAUUUUUGGACAGAACAAAGGCAACAAGUGGUGCGUGUUGGAGCUGCAGAGCGCCAGAGCUGAGCAGGGGCGGCGCUAUCGCGUGGUCAGGUACUGGCAGGAAGACGUGACGGCAAAGAAGGCGUCUGUGAUGGAUCGCCUGGUGUUCCUGUCCACCUCAGAAGAAGCUCUGGACGUGUUCAAGGAACAGAACAAAGAACUGGAGCGCUCUUACCUGCAGAGGAUGAGCAGUGUACCUGCGGAGGCGUCACACCUGGGCUCCGCCCCCCUGCAGCAGCUGCUGCUGGAGGAGAAGCUGAACUCGGCCACGCUCUCCCAGGAGGUGGCGGUGUUUGUGGAGAUGCUGUGGACCGAAGCCCUGGGUCGCCUGGGAAGCAUCCUCCUGGUUCCCAUCUCCAAGCUCAGCCUGAACGACGUGAGCAGAGCUGAGGGCCUCCUGCUUCAGGCUCAGAAGGAACUGAAGGAAGGAAAUCAGCCCGAGGCGGCGUCUCUCCUGAAAGAGGUUUUCGACCUGCUGCCUCACAGGGAGCCCAGACCACCGUUCCCUACGGCCAAGUUUCUGUCUCAGAAGCUGGAUCUCUGUCAGUUAAUCCGGGAUGUUCUCAACGUGAGCGAGAUGACGCUGAGCAGCCCCGAGCUUUCCAGCGUGGGGAAGUACCGCGCCCUCCGCUGCAGCAUCGACGCCGUUUCCCCCAGCAGCGCUGUUUUCCAGAACAUCGCCGCCCUGCUGGCCGACAGGCCCGUGCAGAUCCAGCAGAUCGUGCGUGUCAGCAGGGCCGUGGAGCUUCAGACCUUUCAGAGCGACCUGGGCAACAUUAAGCCCCUCCUCCAUUCGUCCAGCCCCAGUAACUUUGUAGGAAUCCUGUCCAGAGGUCUGCUGCUUCCCCGUGUCGGAGUGGAGCAUCAUGGGAUCGAGAGAACCGACGUGGGGCACCUCGGUAGCGGCAUUUACUUCAGUGAUGCUGUGAGCACCAGCCUGAAGUACUCCAAACCCAGCGACACGGACGGAUCUCGGCUCCUGCUGGUCUGUGACGUGGCUCUGGGCUCAUGCAGGGACGUCCAUAGCAGAGACACGAGUCUCACCAAGGCUCCUGAGGGUUUCCACAGCGUUCACGGAGUCCGACGCUCCAACAAAAAGACGUCUGAGUUCCAGGACGACGAGUACGUGGUCUACUCUCCAGACCAGGUGAAGAUAACCCAUGUGGUCCAGUUCAGGGUGGAAGGAGACCAGCUGAAAGACUUCAGUCCUGACAUCAGCCUGACUGCAGAGCCGGCUCAGCCCGCCAUGGACAUCGAGAUGUCCUCGGAUUAUGAUGAAGAGGAUCUGGAAGAGGUCAGGAACCCCCUGCAGGACGUCACAGCGGGACUGUUGGACAGCUCCGGCCAGCAGCUCCCCCUGCAGGCCGUCCAUGUGAAGUGCAAACUGAUGGAUCUGCUCUCUCAGGUCAUCAUCUUCCAGAAAUACACCAAUCAGAGCUCAGUGCCCAUUGAGGCCAAGUACGUCUUCCCGCUGGAUGAUUCGGCGGCGGUGUGCGGAUUUGAAGCUUUCAUUAACGGGAAACACGUGGUGGGGCAGGUGAAGGAGAAGGAGACGGCUCGUCGGGAGUACAGACGGGCCAUAGAGAAGGGCCACGGGGCGUACCUCAUGGACCAGGACGCUCCUGACGUGUUCACCAUCAGCGUGGGCAACCUGCCGCCCGGAGCCACCGUCCUCAUCAAGGUGACCUUUGUGUCCGAGCUGGUGGUCCGAGACGGGAGCAUCGUGUUCUCCCUGCCGGGCAGCGUGGCUCCGUGGCAGGAGAGCUCGGCGCUCAACCAGACCACACAGGUCUCCGUGCAGAAGGUUUGUGUGGCUGAUGAAGCAGCAAGAGAGUUCUCAUUGGACAUGUCGGUGGAGAUGCCCUACGAGAUCUUAAGCCUGAACUGCAUCACCCAUCAAGUCAAAAUGAAGAGGACAGACACCAAGGCCGUGGUCAGUGUUCUGCCGGGUCAGGUCAUGGGUCCAGACGGUUUCCAGCUGUCUGUCACUCUCUCUGAGGUUCAUCUUCCCAGAAUGUGGGUGGAGAAACACCCAGACAAGGACAGCCAGGCCUGCAUGCUGGUUUUCUACCCGGACUUUGAGUUCGACUCCGGUUCUGGAGCCAGAGAAGUUGUACUUUUGCUGGACUCGUCUGAGUCCAUGAGGGGGGAGCCGUUCCAUCUGGCCCAGAAAGUCGCCCUGCAGGUUUUAAGGAAUCUGAAGAACAACGUCAGAAUCAACCUAAUUUUGUUUGGAACAGAUCACACCGAAGCUUUUCUCACAGCUAAGCGGCUCGGUGAAGUCCAAGCUGAGGCCAAGAAGUUCAUCAAGAGCUGCUCGUCAAUAGGGGGCAGCACUGAGCUGUGGCGGCCUCUCCGCGCCCUCAGCCUGCUGCCGCCGUCCUCCGGCGUGCGUAACCUGCUGCUGCUGUCUGACGGCCACGUUCAGAACGCCGCAGCCACCCUGCAGCUGCUGCGAGACAACGCUCAGCACAGCCGCCUCUUCACCUGCGGCCUCAGCUCCACAGCCAAUCGCCACAUGCUGAGAGCGCUGGCUCAGGCAGGGGGCGGGGCUUAUGAGUUUUUCGACACCAAAGCUAAGCACACCUGGGCUGAGAAGGUGGCGCGUCAGGUGAAGCGCAUGUCGUCCCCCGGCUGCAGCUCCGUCUCUGUGAAGUGGCAGCAGUUCAACCAGAGAGCUGCUCCUCCUCUGCAGGCGCCCAAGCAGCUGCACGCUCUCUUCAACGACUGCCACACGCUGGUUUACGGCUUUGUGGCCCACUGUACUCAGGCGACUCUUCUUGGAGACUUACGUGGUCAGGAGCUUAAAACCAUGGUGUCCACCACGGAGCUGCAGAAGACCAGAGGAACGUUUCUUCAUAAGCUCACGGCGAGGGCCCUGAUCAGAGACUACGAGGAUGGAAGCCUGGACACCACCGAAGCUGAACACGAGGGAAAGAAAGCGGAGCUGAAGUCCUUCAUCAUCAGUCUGAGCAAAGAGUUCUCCAUACUGUCCCAGUUCACCAGCUUCGUCGCCAUCGAGGAGAGGGACUCUGAAGGAGCAGAGGAGGGCGUCACUGACAUCCCAAAGCUGAUCGCAGAGGAGGAUGUGGACAUCCUGCCCUACGUCAGCUGGACUUCUCCUCAGGACGAGAAAGCUUUUGACGAAGAUAAGUAUUUAAACGUUUUGAAAGCUGAGGAGAUGCUUGGAAGGUCCAUGGAUUUUAAAGAAAUGCCAUUCGCUUUUACUGGAUCUGGUUCCGGCAGUGAGAAAUCUGAAGAGAGCGACGACGAUAUGGGCUUUGGAGCCUUUGAUGAUGUGAUUGAAAGCUCUGCUGGUGCAACUAUUGCAAAGCCUACGAGCGUCACAACCCUUCGGUCCCCAGCGACUCGUUUUCAAGAACAACCACAAUUCUCAUCCUACAUGUAUUCCAGAGAAUCAGAGACUUGGGGUUCCCUUCCCAAGCCUCCUAGUCUUCCACCCCCACAGCCCAGCGAGUCUGGUGUGGAAAUGUCAGCUUCCAUCCGGUCUGAGUGUGCAGACAUGUCCUCUAGCGAUGCACGUAUGGCCCCCGCUACGUUUGAACGGUUAGCUCUUGGUAAACUCAUGGCCCCCACUACGUUUGGUGCUGCACAGAGAGGACCCCAGGGUUCUCCACCCGUUGCUGUCGCCGCCACCGCCGCAAGUUUCCGCCCAAAGCCGUCAGCUCUUCGUUCUGCCCAGUCAGCAUCGUUUGUAUUUGGUUCUCCACCCGUUGCCCCCCCCCGUUUCAGUGUAGCACAAACAGCUGGUUUGUUUGGCCGUGUAGAAUCACCUAUAAUGGGUUCUGCACUCCACUUUGGUUCUGCGCUCCCACCUGUUUGUUCUACCCGUCCACCAUCAGCUAGGUAUGAGGAUUCAAUAGCAGCUCUUGUUUCUGCGAGAGCAGAACCAAUUCCUCGUGUAAUGGGACGUAGAGACUCAGGUUCUGCAGAUGAUGUUCCAAGUACGCUAUGUUCAGACAUCUGCAUGGACGAACCAAUGGACUCACGCCCCAAAAGUCUUGCACGAAAUGCUAAACAUUUCAUCUGUGCAGCUCCUGCACCAGAGUCUUCUUCCCCUGAGCGUUCUUCAGAUCCACUGCCACCCCCACCUCCCCCUGUCAAACACGCCCAGGAGAUCUCGAAUUUUCCAGAACCAGCAAGUCAAAUAGAAAAAAUGAAGCGGCUUUCAAGGUUACUAGCAUCCAGGCACCUUCAAAGGCCAGACGGUUCUCCUUUAAAAAUGAGUAGUUCAUUACCGUCAACUCGUCCUGCUGAGCCCAUGGGCAUUCUUCCAGCUGAAAGGUUUUCUGCUCGUUCAUUCUGGGAGGAGGCAGCUCCUCCUCCUCCUCCUCCUCCUCCUCCCGUCAAACAAGCCCAGGAGAUCUCGAAUUUUCCAGAAACAGCUAACCUUACUCUAAGUCAAAUUCAACAAGGUAAGCCGCUUUCGAAGUUAAAAGCAUCCAAGCGCCUUCCGAGAAUUCAGUCAACUCGUCGUGCUGAGCCCUCUCGCAUUCGUCCAGCUGAAAGGUUUUCUGCUCGUUCAUUCCGGGAGAAGGUAUUUCCUAUUGUUUCUACUGUCUCCUUACGCAUACUUAAGAAGGCUUCAGUCAUGGAUCCAUGUCCUGAUACUGAGGGUGUACAGCUGCACCGUAGGUCCAGAGAUCCAGACCCAGAAGAACUGAGACAGAAGUGGUCACGCAUCUUCCUGCUGCAGCACGCGGACGGAUUCUGGGAGUUGACGGUUGAGCUGGGGGAGCUGAUCAAUCUCAACGUAGACGCGUUCGCCAACGUGUUCCUGAAGAACAGAGGCAUCCAUUCCCUGGGUGCAAAGGCCCACGCUGACAUCCUGAAGCUGGUGGCGACGCUGCUGGUGCUGCAGCUGAUGAGGGUGGAGAAGCUGGAAGAAGGAAAACUGCUGCAGAGUCUGUUCCGCCUGACGGAGCCGUCACAGUCCAGGUCCGAGCGCUGGCAGCGGGUGAAGAAGGCGGUGGACUGGGUGUGCUGGGCCGACCGGCAGUACCCGUGCAUCUGCAGCCGGCUGGAGUUCGGUUGGAGCUGGGAAUCCUCCACCCGCCAGCUGCUGGGCUUCGAACGCCUCCCUCCGUCCUCGCCUCUCGUCAGUCUGGACCUGCAGAAGACCGCGGCGCCGCUGCUGGUCCACUGAGGCGGUUUCUUUUAAAAAGGGGGAAAUUCACGUGUUUCAGAAGCUGCUUUUAAUCACAGUUAGCUGUACCGAUAAAAAUCACACACACAGAUGGUGUCGGGGAAAAUAUCACGCAGAAAUGCAGUCAGACCAAAAUGUUAACAAUCAGAAACCGGAGAAAAUGAUUAACGCCACAAAGUUCCUUCAGAAAGCCAAGCUGUGGCGCUGCACUUCUCUGAUAAACGAACACGAAUAGUUCAUAAUUAUGUUUGUUGGGCCGAUUUUCAUUGUUUAUGGAAUUCAUGUUUGGGUUUCCUGUUGAUGAAGUUUCUGAAUGAAAUUAGCCGGUAUUUAAAUUCAUAAUUAGUUUUUUUUUUUUUUUUUGCUGUUUGUUUGUGACACAGGGAGAAGCGUCCCGUUAGAAACCUGAAACAUGGCGGUUUGGAGAAAUGUUUGGUGUUUUUUGCUAUGGUGAAUUUUUAAAGUUAAGUUACCUCCUGCUGUUUUAACUCGCCUUGCUUUACAUAUAAAAUGCUUUUUGCUGGUCAUGGUAACAAAGAUAUAAAGGUAGAAAUAAUCCGGACAUAUUUGUGGCAACAGUCAACUUGAAGCAACAAUAUUAUUCAUUAUCUGUGAUAUAAACCUUAACAGAGGCCUUUUAAACACUUUUAGGCACGUAAAGAAAGUCCUCCAACGGAUCCUACUAAGGUGGUUUAUUUUUAUACGCAUUUGUCUUUGAUUAUUUUUUAUAAAAGUGAAAUAUUAAACACAUCUAAUUAUGGGUUAAUGAAUCUGAUUAAAAUUCAGAGGAAAUGGAACAUACACGACUUUCUGGUCCUGUUUUGGUUUUUAAAUGUUUCAUGAUGGGAAUCUGUUGUAGAAACUUUAUAACUUUUUUGAUGAAUUAACUUGUGCUCAUAAUUUUUUAUUUUUUUUAAUCAACUUUAUCUUUGUUAUAUGUGCUUUUUUCUAUCCAUGGCAAAUAAGGAAUAAAAUACAAAUUGUUAUCCAUUGUGGCACUUAAUCAAUCUUUUAAGUCUGUAGAUUGUACUCAAAAAGAAAUAAAAUAAUUUACUAGACAAUCAUGUUUAUUAUUUAACACAUUACAAGUGUCCUACUGUAAUAAAAGUUACACUGUUAUUCAUACAAGGCAACAUUUUAUCCUAGAAAACUUGACUGUCAUGGUGAAAAUAUCACACUAUGCUUGUAUGACAAGAUUGAAAAAGGUUAUAAAUGUCAUGUUGAAAAAUCUCACUCUAUUCUGUUUCAUGGUAAGAAGUCAUGCUACCCUGUCAUCAUAUAAUAAACCUAAAGUACA